AUGCUGGGGCUCCAGUCGUGGCCUUGUUCGCUUUUCCUUCUCUUAGCUCUGCUCUCCGCCAGCGUUCAGACUGUGUCCUUGCCAGGAGAGAGGCUACAGAUGCUCCUGUCCCAGUUGCUGCCCCUGGAGCCCGAGUCCACGCGAGCUGAAGAGGACACAAAGGAGGAGGGGUCGGGCUUGGGUCCUCAGCUGCUCUCCCCCACCCUCCCGUUCCUGCCGUCGGGGGCUAAAGCUGCCCGCCCCCCUCUUUGGCGCAAGACCCUCUCCAGCCGAAAGUGGGCCCUGCCCGGAGACUGGGCCUGGAAGGCCAUGCCCAGGGGCUGCUUUGGGUUGAAACUGGACCGGAUCGGGACCUUCAGUGGUUUGGGGUGUUAG